AUGGCCUCGGUGGGUCCCUCCACGGGCUCCACGCAGCCUGCCUUGCCCUCCGGACCCACUGUCUUCAAAACUGUCCCCUACGCCUUCAUGCUGCCGGAGAUCAUCUGCGGCAUCUGGGUGUGGAUUCUCGUUGCUGCUACCUCUGUCUCCUUCCCGCUGCUGCAGGGAUGGGUGAUGUAUGUGUCCAUCAGCUCCUGCCUCAUCUCCUUGCUGCUCCUCUUAAGCUACAUCUUCGGCUUUCACAAAAACAGCGAGAACUGGAAAGUGCUGGACAGCUUGUACCACGGCACCACGGCCAUUCUGUACAUGAGCGCUGCUGUCCUGCAAGCCAACGCCACCAUCCGCUCGGAGCCUGGCCACAUCGAGCCUGGGAUCAAUGAGUCUACCGUCACCUCGCCACUCAACUAUCAGCUCAACAGUGCUGCGUCGUUCUUCGCCUUCCUCACAACCUUCCUGUACAUCCUCCACGCCUUCAGCAUCUACUACCAGUGA